AUGACUCCGCCGAGGAAAAAGAAGAAGCUUGUUCCUGCGUCAGCGGGAAAUGGAGAUUGUGCAGGUGAAGAAGAGGGAAGUUCUUUUAAUGAUGAUACCGGUAAAGAAAGCAGUGCCGGAAAACAAGCUACGGAUAAUUCGGAUCCCAAGCAAAGUAAUGUUUCAAAGGCUGGACCUUUCUUACCCUUUGAACCUGACAUUUGGUCUCCAUUGUACCUAUACAGGACCAUGGGUGACCUUACAGCAGCUUCAAUUAGACAGUCAGGCAGCGAAGGAACUGGACGAAUUGAAAUUGGUCAGACUUACGGAGUCGACACUCGAACAAAAUCCGGCAACCGAAAAGUUUCGACACACAUAUUAAACUCUUUAAAAGCUUUUCCCGAGUAUUUUGGGCAGUUCCAGAAAAUGGAGGGUAAAUUUAGAUGUAUUAAAUAUUACUGGAAGGUUGCUUCACGACCGGAAAACUUUAAAAGACUUUUUGCACGUUGGGAGGAAUUGGUUGGAACUUCAUGCCCGUUCAAAAUGGGACAAGUCAUUAAAUUUCCUGGCACAAAACUAAGUACUUUGCGUGUUAGCGAUGUUACACUCAGAAGGCUAAUUGACAUAGUGGAUAUAAUUAAAAAGAAUCCAAUAAUAGUAACUAUGUCUAAGUUCGUCAAAAUUUUGGUUGAAGUCGAUAAGACGUACGGAAGUAAAUAUCAAUUUGAUCGUUUAUCACCUUUGCAGAUUGACAAGAAAUCUAUUAUGAAAUGCUUAUUGGCUUUGCAGAAGCAAAAUUUGCUCAAAAUACUGGAGACAGUAGUGGUAGAUGAGAACGUGCAAAAUACGAUAAGGAUUAUAUGUGAUAGUAGAAUCGAUUCUGCUUCCAAUCCUGAAGUGUUACGAGCGAUUCGAAUCGUUAUAGAUGAGUUCCAUGAGAGCGGUCGGGUUUUCCCCAACGGGCAAUUGAGGUAUAUCAAAAGAGAGUCUGAUACAACUCAGGAGGAGAAGAGCGGGAUAGGGAAAGACUGCGACGAAGAGCUGGCAUAUCUUGAAAAUGAAAUCGACAAUCUGACUAUUGAAAAACGCAUGUCUCUAUUAAGGCUUCAGAACGUACGCGCAGCGUCUAUCAUUCAAACUCCUACUGGCUCUAUCUCUCAAACUUCAAUGGGGAAAGGGUUACCGCUUGAAGCUGAAGGUGGGAGGAAAGAAGGUUCUUUUACUUCCACUGUCGUUGAAAAGGAGCUGGUAGGUCGUGGAGUGAAGGAGACAGAAGCAGUAGAUUCUGCUAACUUCUUUGUUCCUGGAAAAGCACCAGCAGUCAGUAGUGCUGAGAAGUCAAAAGCAGUGGACUUCAACACUUCUACUUCUGGAACAGCGGAGCUGAAAAUUCAAGCAAGAUCCUCACAAAGAAUAGAUGCUGAUGUCGCUUACGGACGUCAGAGCAAGUGGAAUCGUUGCUUCGCAGUCCACAAAUUAGCUUUCCAUUUUGUACGCGGUCGUUUUCAAAUGGAAAAACCAACUUUUUUUGAAAGGUUUCCUCCGGGCAAACCGUGGGACAAUGACGAUGGUACCCCUCUGGAGGCUUGCCCAGUUUACGUUGAUGAAGAGACUCCGUACCGUUUUGUACCACCGAUGCCGAAGUUCGCUGAUGUACCACGUGGUUGGUUUAUGCUUCAGGACCUGCUAAAUGUUCUACCAUUAUCAGUUUACUCCUUAUUGACCAAACGGAAAUCUAAGUAUCCUGAAGUAGCAGAGUAUUUAAAAGACCCUAUUCGUCGUCACACAUUAUUGAACGAUCUACCACGCAAAAUUCGUCUGCAGUUAUUGGAAGAUAAGUUGUUAAUGAGACAGCUUGAACAUCACUUGUUGACGCUAUGUGGUUUAGGUUUAGCACGCUUGGGCCGAGCUGCUAAUCCGAAAAAAGUAGUUACUACGAAUUCUCAAUUCUAUUUUAUCACAAAAUCAGGGACGCUUCGGGAUACUAGUACAUCAGAGGAAGGAUAUGCUAACGUAACGAUGCCUAUUGAGCAAUACGACAUCUACAACUACAAUUUUGAUAGCCUUGAAGAUUUGGACUUUUUUUGGCACCAUUUGCGCGCCGUUGCUCUGAGUACUAAACUGGCUUUUAAGCUACUGGCAGGUAACGAAGAUACACUGAGGUUCAAGAAAUAUGCAAUAGGUUGUUUCGACAAGUCGAAAAUAUACAAGUUGUUCGAUGAUUUUUCGGAAACUGCUUCGCCAGUCCCACCCCAUGACGGUUGUGCCGGUCAUCUUAAACGUCACUGGGAUAUAAAUAUUCGUCCUCACGAAUACAUCGACUGGUUUGUGGCCGACUGGCGUCGAUCUGUUGAAAGAGUCAGAGUAGAAGUCGAAAAAAGAGUACGACAUCUGGAAAGGGCUUGGAAUUCUUAUUUGAAAUCCUUAUUACCUUCAGACUCAUGGGUUUGGAAAAUAAACAAAGUCAAAGAUACUGUAUUACGCCCAUCUCAUAAGCUUCGCGCAGUUGAACGAAAGGGACAGACGCGUAAAAAGCCUCUUCGCCAGAAAAUUGAGAAAGGAUGUAAGUCUGGCCGUGGUAAACGGGUUAUAGAUGAGCUGGAUGUAUUGUCUGCAAAAUCUCGGUUACACUUUCGGUCUCGCUUUAGUAACAGGGAGCGCGACAUGCUCCUCCUCAUUCGUUCUGUGGGUUUCUUUUUAAAUCCUGUUUACCGAUUUUGGCUUGAUCCAACAGUUCUACGCGACAUUAUGCAUGCAUACGUUCCAGAGGCUCGAAAUAAAACGGUACAGUCAUUAAUGGCUGCCGGAGUUCGGGAAAUGGUACGACCACAAAGGGUUGGAUUAUUGAGACAAAUAGUGAAGAAUCUAGCGUCAUUUCAGGAGAUGAGAGAUCUGAGAGCUCAACUUGCUUCCGCACCUAAUUGGGGGCCUAUUGAGAAGCGACAGUUCUUCUAUAAAGCUUUUGAAGCUGCUAAUAGGAACUUAGCUAUGGAAGAUAAAGGGGUUCCGCCAGCAGAAGUAUCAGAUAAAGUUUUCGACGAGAAAUUAGCAGAAGGAGGAGUGAAAGUGACAUCAGAAGUUCUUCGGUCGGCCACAUUUCCCGUUCGCUCUAGUAAACCUACAACUAUUGAACAGAUCCGCCACUGCGUCGCUUUCAAUGUUGUAACGGCGAUGCUCCUCUCUGAAAAGGAUUUGAAUGAUUCUCGCAUGGACACUAUAGUGGAACAAGUUAGCGCCUGUUCCUUGUCCAGUGUUCUCGAACAACUCAGAGUUGACGGGCUUCUCGCUAAAAUGCGCGCCUCAGACGACGUCUCGUGCACUCCUCGUGGUCAAACUGUUCUGUCCUUUUACUUCCGACACUUUUUCAACCACCGUUUUCAUAGUGAUAUCGUUGACAUGUCCAAUGAGGCUGCAAACCAAGUUAAUGCGUCUACACCAUUCACCGACGAAAAUAGCCCUGGGAUAAUUGUCGCCUCGCUAAAUGCAUUUUCUAACAAGUUAAGUCAAUCAUGCGUUCCUAUUGGUUCACUUAAAGUAACAGUGCCAGAAACCAUUAUUAAAACGUUUGAACACGCAUCUGCGGAGAUUUCUUCACAAGACGAAAAACAAGCCGCAAAUGCUACAAAGCAGUUGCGAAGCUUGGAAAAAACUGAUUUGCGCAUUGAAAGCAUGGAAGUGUUGGUUUCCAAAGUUGAGGAGUUGGAAGGCUGUACCGAGAACGGGAUUCAGCUGCUAGAAUCACUGACCACGGCCAUUCCUAGAGAAAAAUUUGGCUCACUUGCUUUUGAAGACUUUAUUUUAAGUUAUCCAGUUUCACAGAGAGCUGCUUUAAGGUCUGUUUAUGCAGCAAUUAGCGAAGCUGGAAUUAUCGGUGCUUCGCUUGACGAGUUGUUGGAAAUAACUGAAGUCAAGGAACAACAACUUGAGCUGUUUUUGCAAGAGCUCGCUGUAGCAGUUCAAAUCCUUGUAGUUGGGAUUGACUGUUAUCGUUAUGUACUUCCUUCUUGCAGCAGUUGUUGGAUGGUUCAUAAUGAAAAAGUAGCAUUUUUCCCAACUCCGUGGAUGACACCUACUGGGGAAGUUUAUCAUCCCACUGUGAGGUGGAUGUCUGAAGGCGUACUUUUCACUAUCAUUGACAAACCUGGGAUUCUAUUAAAAGAUAUCAGGUCGCGCUUUGCAUUUGCACUCCAACCUCGUAUGCUUCUUGACAUCUUAAAGUUGUUGUCAAAAUGCGGAUGUGUAAAAAUAUUGCGGAAAAAACAAUGCACUUGCAGACGUCUUUCCCCAUUCUCCUCCGAACUACCUGAAGAAACAGUUGAGUAUGUGGAGCCCGCUGUAAAUGCCGUGGAAAUAUAUGCAAAGGUUUUCGGUCCUGUGAAACUAUCAAAGAUGCUCGCGGGCUUCCGCUGUGAACCUCCCGAGCCAUGA